CAGGUACUUCCGCUCGGGGCGGCGGCGGUGGCGGAAGUGAGAGCGGAGCCCUAGUGUUGGCCAUAAAGCCCGAGGCGGAGACGGCGGCGGUGGUGGAAGAGGGAGGAGGAGAAGGAAAAGGGAGUCUCGUCGAGCGGACUCGGAACGUCCACUCUCCUGCUGCCCUGCUCGCCGAGUCCUCGAGACGCAUCCGGCAUCGCUCCCGAGCCCCGGAGGAGCCGCCCGCCCUCUCGCCUGCGCUUGAAAGAUGACUUCUAGGAAGAAAGUGUUGCUGAAAGUUAUCAUCCUAGGAGAUUCUGGGGUGGGUAAGACCUCACUUAUGAACCAGUAUGUGAACAAGAAAUUCAGUAAUCAGUACAAAGCAACAAUAGGAGCAGACUUUCUGACAAAGGAAGUAAUGGUGGAUGACAGACUAGUGACGAUGCAGAUCUGGGACACAGCAGGGCAAGAACGGUUUCAGUCCCUUGGCGUGGCCUUCUACAGAGGAGCAGACUGCUGCGUCCUGGUCUUUGAUGUGACUGCCCCUAACACAUUCAAAACUCUUGACAGCUGGAGAGAUGAAUUUCUCAUCCAAGCCAGUCCCAGGGAUCCUGAAAACUUCCCCUUUGUUGUAUUGGGAAACAAGAUUGACCUAGAAAACAGACAAGUUGCCACAAAACGAGCACAGGCCUGGUGCUACAGCAAAAAUAACAUCCCAUACUUUGAGACCAGUGCCAAGGAAGCCAUCAACGUGGAGCAGGCUUUCCAAACCAUUGCACGAAAUGCACUUAAACAGGAGACAGAGGUGGAGCUGUACAACGAAUUCCCUGAGCCCAUCAAACUGGACAAGAACGACCGAGCAAAAGCUUCUGCCGAGAGCUGCAGCUGCUGAAGAGGUGGCGGGCGGGGUAGAGCACAGAGCCCUUCACAAACCAAUAUCACACUUAGGCCUUCAGACACAAGCCCCCUCUCCUGUUCAAACAAGAAAUCAAUUCUCCCAUUUCCAGCUGCCAAAAAAUGUCACCCCGAUCUGCCACGAGCAAACACGAUCCCAUUUCUGUACACAGCUCCAUGGGUGUCAGCCCCACCACAUCAGCUGUUCUGUGUGCUAGCAGGACUGUUCAUUGGUGGAAAGAGGUAGUUCUGAUGUGGGCUGGACAUUGGAAACACUUCCACUUGUCCGAUGGAGAAAAACUGUUGACAGUUAAUCUGUGUAUAACUAGUUACCUGGUUUUUUAAACUGUCUUAUUUUUUUCCUCCUCCUUGUGAAGGCUGCACCUGGGAAGGCUGGUUACCCAUAGUUCAUUGCAAGCUCACACCCAGUUUAACUAGGUGGAGUUUUGUAUGUAUCUGUUAAUGCUUGUUACUUUUAACUAAUCAGAUCUUUUUACAGUAUCCAUUUAUUAUGUAAUGCUUCUUAGGAAAAAUCUUAUAGUACAUGUUAAUAUAUGCAACCAAUUAAAAUGUAUAAAUUAGUGUAAGAAAUUCUUGGAUUGCGUGUUUAAGUCCUGUAAUGCAGGUAUGUAGGAUGAGGGGAGAACUUUGUUCUGGAUUGCAGAGUGCUAGCAAUACAGAACUUUGAAGUCCAACUAGAGGCAGUAUUCUGUACAGUAGAAGCAAGAAUUAUGUAAGCCUUUUUAUUGAAGACUUAAGAGCCAAAAAGCUUUUCAUCUCCUUGGUGGGGGGGAGGGAGGGGUUAUCUAGUUACCUUUCUGUGUCUAAAUUUUAAAAGGGUGAUUGGCGUAAUAGACUGAUGUGUGCAAUGGAUUAAUGGAGACGAUUUGCAGGUCGUAAACUUCUUCCUGUUUUUUUUCCCUGCUCCACAUUUUAAAACCUCCACUGAAUCAGCAUUCUACAAAAGUCAAAAAAAGGAAAAUCUACAGAUCUGUUCUAGUGAUUUUACCUUUGUUCUAGCAGGCGCUCCUUUCUGGGUUGUGGUGUUCUUAGGCUAGAAAACUUGUUCCUCCUCCCUCUCCUGCCCCAGUAUUGCCCAUAUUACUGUUUCUUUGGUAUGGAGAAAUUUACAGGUUAGCUCCCCUCCCUAGUAUCUGUUCCUGCAUUGUAGCUUGCUUACAUGGAGCACUUCUCCCUAUUUUCCAGAGGUCUGCAUUCUAGGGUGUGGGCUGAGUUCUUCUGUAAAGAGACGAACGUGAUGCCAAUAAAAUUUAACAAGAACAAUGAC